GAAGAGACGGAUGGGAAGAGGUUCAAGUGCGGGUUUUCUCCUUGAACCUGGACUAGUAUGGGUCAAGAGCUGUGUGCAAAGAGCCGGCAGCCAGGAUGCAGUUGCUACCACCGUUCGGAGGGAGGCGAGGCGCACAGCUGUCGGAGGAGCCAGCCUGGAAGCACCUCGGAGCCUGCUGUAUUUGAGCUAACAGACCUAAAAGAAGCAUCAUGUUCCUCGGCUUCAUUUCACCCCAGGGGACUCCAGGCUGCCGGAGUCCAGAAGUUGGAGAGUAAAAGGCCACGGAGUAACAGUGAUUCUUUUCAGGAAGAGAAUCUGAGGCAGGGGCUGCCAUGGAAGAAGAGCUUCCCUUUUGGGGCAGCCUCAUCUUACUUGAACUUGGAGAAGCUGGGUGAAGGUUCUUAUGCCACAGUUUACAAGGGCAUCAGCAGGAUAAAUGGACAACUAGUAGCUCUAAAAGUCAUCAGCAUGAACGCAGAGGAGGGAGUCCCUUUCACAGCCAUCCGGGAAGCGUCUCUCCUGAAGGGCUUGAAGCACGCCAAUAUUGUCCUCUUGCAUGACAUUGUUCACACCAAAGAGACUCUGACAUUUGUGUUUGAAUACAUGCAUACGGACCUGGCCCAGUACAUGUCUCAGCAUCCCGGAGGGCUUCAUCCUCACAAUGUCAGGCUUUUCAUGUUUCAACUUCUGCGGGGCCUGGCAUACAUCCACCACCAGCGUGUUCUCCACAGGGACCUGAAACCUCAGAACUUGCUCCUCAGUCACCUGGGAGAGCUCAAACUGGCUGAUUUUGGUCUUGCUCGAGCCAAGUCCAUUCCCAGCCAGACAUACUCUUCAGAAGUGGUGACACUCUGGUACCGGCCACCUGACGCUUUGCUGGGAGCCACCGAGUACUCCUCUGAGCUAGACAUAUGGGGUGCAGGCUGCAUCUUUAUCGAAAUGUUCCAGGGCCAACCUCUGUUUCCUGGGGUAUCCAACAUCCUUGAACAACUGGAGAAGAUCUGGGAGGUACUGGGAGUCCCUACGGAGGACACCUGGCCUGGGGUCUCCAAGCUGCCUAACUACAAUCCAGAAUGGUUCCCGCCACCUGAACCCCAGAGCCUGCAGACCGUCUGGAACAGGCUGGGUGGGGUUCCUGAAGCUGAAGACUUGGCCUCCCAGAUGCUAAAAGGCUUCCCCAGGGACCGCGUCUCAGCCCAAGAAGCACUCGUUCAUGAUUAUUUCAGUGUCCUGCCAUCCCAGCUGUACCAGCUUCCUGAUGAGGAGUCUCUCUUUGCAGUUUCCGGAGUGAAGCUAAAGCCAGAAAUGUGUGACCUUUCUGCCUCCUACAGGAAGGGACACCUCCUAGCCGGGGUUAACAAAUGUUGGUGAAAAGAA